GCGGUCACGUGCCGCGGCGAGCUCCGUCCAAAAGAAAAUGGGGUUUGGUGUAAAUCUGGGGGUGUAAUGUUAUCAUAUAUCACGCUACCUCGUAAAACCGACACUGAAAGCUGCCGGACAACAAAUCACAGGUCAAAAUUAUGAGUUCUUCGUAUUAUGUGAACGCGCUUUUUAGCAAAUAUACGGCGGGGGCUCCUCUGUUCCAAAAUGCCGAGCCGACUUCUUGCUCCUUUGCGCCCAACUCGCAGAGAAGCGGCUACGGGGCGGGCGCCGGCGCCUUCGCCUCCACCGUGCCGGGCUUGUACAAUGUCAACAGCCCCCUCUAUCAGAGCCCCUUCGCGGCGGGCUACGGCCUGGGCGCCGACGCCUACGGCAACCUGCCCUGCGCCUCCUACGACCAAAACAUCCCCGGGCUCUGCAGUGACCUCGCCAAAGGCGCCUGCGACAAGGCGGACGAGGGCGCGCUGCACGGCCCGGCCGAGGCCACUUUCCGCAUCUACCCCUGGAUGCGGUCUUCAGGACCAGACAGGAAGCGAGGCCGCCAGACCUACACGCGCUACCAGACCCUGGAGCUGGAGAAGGAGUUCCACUUCAACCGCUACCUGACUCGGCGGCGCCGCAUCGAGAUCGCCCACGCGCUUUGCCUCACCGAGCGCCAGAUCAAGAUCUGGUUCCAGAACCGCCGCAUGAAGUGGAAGAAAGAGCAUAAGGAAGAGGGUUCCACCCCUGCUGCAGCCCCGGAAGGCGCGGUGCCCUCUGCUGCUGCUCCCGCUUCUGCCAAGGUGGAUGAGGAAGAGGAGGAAGAGGAGGAGGAGGAGGAGGAGGAAGAGGAGGAAUGAGGGGCCAAGCCAGGGCCCUGGCUGCAUCGGACAGUCGGAAAAGCAUCUUUAAGAGACUCACUGGUUUUAUUUACAAAAAUGGGGGGAAAUAAAAGAAAACUUAAAAAGAAAAAGACCCCAGCUCCCAACAGCACCCACCCCAUCACCCGAUGUAGCUCCCAAAUUUCUGAACUGAGAGGCUAUGAAGACUAGGUCACCUUGGGAUCCCCUUUCCCUCUGAAAAUUCCAAUAGAUAUCCCUAGCCCCGGCCAGCGCUCUGCAUUGGCAUGGCCAAUAUACUACCUAGCACAGGCCUCCUUGAGAGGCAUCCCCAAACUACCUAUGGGCCCAGCUGCAAUGGGCCUCCACUUCCAGGAAGCCUCCUAGUGUCCCAACACUGGCAGACACCCAGCACCACACCCCAUCCCACAGGAACACAAUUCUUCCAGUACUACCUAUUAGCCCCAUACUACCUAUUUGUGCUGGCUAGCUUGCCUGCUACUUGGUGUCAAUGCCCCCUCCCCCCAAGACAGGCCCCUGUUGCUUCCAGCCAACAGUCUUUGGGGUCCCCAAGGUGUCACUGGGAAGGCACUGGGGUCCAGGGUUCAGGGCAUUGGCGUCUAUUUAAAUUGAAAAAUAAUAUAUUUAUUCCAAAGCAUACUAAGUGCUGCAACCUAGAAUCCCUCUUCCUGUGGCUUGGACAUCCCAAGUUCAGGCCCAUCACCCCCUACUUCUGGAGGGGAGUAUUCCUGAGCAGGCUGCAAACCUCUGGGUUAGCUUCUGCUUUGUAGGACUGUGGAGAUGUUCCCAACAUCCGUGUGUCUUCUCCCCUGGCUCCUGCGUCCUACUGUUCAGCCAUGUCAAAUAUGUACACCCUGACUUUUCCUAAGAUGGCAAAUACUGUAUAUUUGAAUGAGAUUUUUUUUGGUCAUUUCUAUAGUCUUGGAGCUCAUUUGUAAAGAAAUGUCUUGAUUUGGGAAGGAUAUGUUAAUGGGGUGACUUUAUAGCAUGGUGUGUUGUCUUGAACUAUGUAGUGGGUGGGGAGGUCCAAGGCUCUCCCCAAUGCCCUUCAUCUCCUGUGUUGUACUGUGUUCCUCUACGCUCCAGCUUGAUGUUCAGGGACAGAACUGUUCCCAGUCCAGCUAACCAUGUUUUAUGUAAUAAAAAUAAAGAUGCUUGGUCACAAAGAAA